CUCCUUACUACUCAAUUCAUGAAGACUCCAGCUCAGCUGUCUCUCGCUAACCGGGGUUUAAAUUUCUCAAUAAUAAACCACCAAAAGGAGGUCGUUUUAACACACCAUGGCGUCCAACAACAUGUCAGACCCGAGGAGACAAAAUAAGAUUUUAAGGUACAAGCCCCCCAGCACAGAGACCAAUCCCACACUGGAGGACCCCACGCCAGACUACAUGAACCUGCUCGGCAUGAUCUUCAGCAUGUGUGGACUGAUGCUCAAGCUGAAAUGGUGUGCCUGGAUCGCAGUCUACUGCUCUUUCAUCAGCUUUGCAAACUCCAGAAGUUCAGAGGACACCAAACAGAUGAUGAGCAGCUUCAUGUUGUCCAUCUCAGCAGUUGUGAUGUCCUACCUCCAGAACCCACAGCCAAUGUCACCACCAUGGUAACCAAGGGCCAAUCGCAGAAGAGCACAGAAGUGAAUCGCGGAUGCUGGAGUGGGUGACAAAACAGCUGAUUGGCCCCCCUGGCCAUUGUUGAGUAAAAACAGAGACGGAAAGGAAGAUAAUAUGAUAGAAAGAGAAGAAGAGAGGAAACAGUUGACCAGUAGAGGUGGACAAUAAAGAGGACACUACGACAGGAAGAUCAUGUAAAUUCUUUGACUUUGUCCUCAUGUUUUUCUCUUUUUAACCUUUUCUAAAUUUGUUUGUUGAUGAAACAAAACUGUAAAUUUUGCUGUUUGGCUGAUGCAGAUUGUCGUUAAUAAAGUUGUACAAUUUUAAAAAGAA